GGUGGCGGUUCAGCUACCUAUAUACCUAUCUAUUGUCUUGUCCUGUGUCGGACCCUGACUGACCCCUUUUCGAUCUAUAUCUCCCUCCUCAAGCCCCCUCUCUCCACCCACCCACCCACACACACUUUCUCUAUUAUAUAUAUAUUCCCGCCCGAGCUGACUAUCCGUCUACUGGGUCCUCCCUCCUAUAUAUCUCAGGCCCACCACCAACCCACACCCCCCUCGGAGAAUAACUAGGACGUAGCCCACUCAACCAUCGCCCAUCCAGCCUCACACUCGCCACCUCUCAAACUACCCCCAUCCCUCCGUCCCUCCUCCCACCCACUCCGAUGCUUCUUCUCCCGCGACCUUCGGCUUCUGCCGUCCGGGGCAUCGACGCGGUGCUCGCGCCGGCAGGGCCUUCGCCGCGGGCUCCCCGGCAACACUCGUCUCCGCCAUCGCCCCCGUCGUCCGUGCCCUCGCGCUCGCCGUCCCCUUUCCUCGACCCGCCCUCCUCCUCCUCCUCCUCGUCGACGACCAGCCUCGCCCACCGCCGGCCGCCGGCCGCCGGCAAGGCCGAGCAGCGGCAGCACAAGGGCAAGGAGAAGGCGUCGCCGCGGCGGCCCUGGGCCGACGAGCCGUGGCCUCUGAUCGCGACGCCAGCGACGCCGCCGCACGCCGCCCCGCCCCCGCCCCCGACCGCCCACAUCGCCGCCGAGCUCGCGCUCGUGCACAACGCGAUGCUGCGCGGGCUCAACGCGCUGUACCUGCAGGCGCCGCACGUCGCGGCCCCGCACCCCAACCCGAGCCCGAGCCCGGCCGCCCUCGCGCGCACCGCCGACUUCGCCUUCCUCGCCCACGCCUGGGCGUCCUGGGUCCGCGCGCACCACGUGCUGGUCCGCGAGAAGGCGGUGCCGGCGCUCGAGGCCGCGCUGGGCGCCGCGCCGGGCGCGCUGGCGGCGGGGUGCUGCCCCGCCCCGCCCGCCGCGGACCCCGUCGCCGCGCGCCUCGACCUCCUGCUCGCCGACGCCGCCGCCCUGCGCGCGCGCCCCGCGUCCUACGACCCCCGCGCCCUGCGCCGCCGCCUCGCCGCGCUCGCCCGCGUCCUCGUCCCGCGGCUGCACGCCCAGGUCGCGGCGCUGGCGCGCGGCAGCAGCAGCAGCGGCGGCGGCGGCGGGGAGGCAGCGCCGUGCUCGCCGCCGCAGUCGCCCUCGUCGUCGCCCACGGGCUCCGUGCGCGGCAGCACCCGGCGCCCCCGCGCCGCGCGCCCCGCCACCGCCGCCGACCUCGCGCGCAUCUACCGCGGGCUGGCCGCCGCCGCCGCGCCCGCCGCCGACCCGUACGCCGCCGCGCCGCUGGUCGCGCACCUGCACCACCGCGCACGGCGUGUGCCUGCCGCCGCCGGUGCCAGCGAGUGGCCCCACUUCUCGGUCCCCGCGCUGCAUGCCGUCGCCGACCGCCUCGCGCCCCGGCACGCCGGCGCCUGGCGCUUCCUGCCCUGCGACGUGUGGGGGCGCCCGCGCGAGCUGCCGUACGCGCUGGGCCCGGCGGGCGAGGGCGUUGAGGAGGAGGAGGAGGAGGAGUAG